UGUAUAUAUAUAAUGAAAGAAGAAAGAGCAUUUUAUAAUAUUUGAUUUGAAUUAAUUUGAAUUGGCUAAAAUGUUUAGAAAGUUUUAACAUUGUGUUUUAUAUUUAUAUUGCUGUUAUUAUAUGAUAAAUUUAUUAAUAAUACAAAUUAUAAAUAAAUUAUUUAAUAUUUAUUGAGAUUAUUAAUUAAAAUUUUUUCUUUAUGAAAUAUGAAAUUGAAAUAUAAUUUUUAAAUGAAAAUUGAUGUAUAAUAUAUUGUAAUUACUUAAAAAGUAAAAAAAUUUCAUCAUGAUUUCUAAAACUGUAUGUAUCACACAAGAAGGUCCAGCAAAUGCAUUAGCACUUAAUAAAGAUAAUAGUCAAGUUGUUAUAGCAGGACGUAAUGUUUUCAAAAUAUUUACUUUAUUAGAAGACAGAUUUGAAGAAGCUUGUAAUUUACGUGUUGGAAAAAAUUUAAAUUUAAAUUUUUCAUGUAAUGAUGUUGCUUGGAAUCUCAUUGAUGAUCAUAUAUUAGCAACUGCAGCUACAAACGGAGCAGUGGUAGUUUGGAAUUUAAAUAAAUCAUCCAGAUCUAAACAAGAACAUGUUUUUAUUGAUCAUAAAAGAACUGUAAAUAAAGUAAGUUUUCAUAUGACAGAGCCUAUGUGGCUAAUAUCAGGUUCCCAAGAUGGUACUAUGAAAUGUUUUGAUUUAAGAAUAAAAGAAGCUACUAGAACCUUUUAUAGUAAUACUGAAUCAGUGAGAGAUGUACAAUUUUGUCCUCAUUCACCUCAUACUUUUGCUGCUGUUUCUGAAAAUGGACAUGUACAACAAUGGGAUUUACGAAAACCAGAUCGUUAUUUUCAACAUUUUACUGCACAUAGUGGUCCCAUAUUUGCUUGUGAUUGGCAUCCUGAAACAAUUUGGCUUGCAACUGCUUCUAGAGAUAAAACCAUAAAGGUUUGGGACUUAUUAGGUAAACCUACUUGUGAUUAUAUUAUACAUACAAUUGCAUCAGUAGGUCGUAUAAAAUGGAGACCUCAAAGAAAAUAUCAUAUAUCCAGUUGUGCUCUUGUAGUAGAUUGUAGUAUAAAUGUAUGGGAUAUUCGUAGACCUUACAUACCAUUUGCAAGUUUUAACGAACAUAAAGAUGUUCCUACUGGUGUUGCAUGGAGAGGCAAUCCACAAUCUUUUUUGUCAACUAGCAGGGAUUGUACAUUAUAUCAUCAUAUAUUCAAAGAUGCUACUAGACCUGCGAGUAAAGCAAAUCCACAAGGUAUAGCAUUGAAUCCAAAAGGAGAUAUUGCAUAUGCUUGUAAAGUAAAUGUUCAUGUUACAACUACAAUGAAACAAUUGACUAAUAUAAUGAGGAAAACACCAGCAACAAAUGAUACAUUUUGCAUGGCAUCUAGCGUUAUGCAUAGAUUUGCUAUAAACAUGCCACGGGAACCAAAAUGGUUUAGAGCUUGUGCAGAAGGCUAUUUGCUUUCUGGAAGAUUAAAUGAAAUUUGCGAUCAUAAUGCAACUAUUGCUAGGAAUGCCGGUAGAAAUGAUAUUAGUACAGUAUGGAAUAUUAUAAAAACUUUAUAUACAAAUCCUAUGGGAACUAUUUUAAAAACACCACCAACUGCUUCUAAAGAAGAUAUCGUAAAUACAUUAAAUUUAGCACAGAUUACAAUGGGACCUAGUAUAGAACAAUCAAAUGCAGUACAUGAAAAUGAUGUAAAAUCUUUACAAGGAGAAGUAACAGGUGCAACUAGUGGAGGUGAUGAUGAAACAGAGACAGAUGAAACACCAGAAAAUCAACAUUCUAUAGGAUCUAUUUUACCUAGUUACAGACGUGCAUUUAUUGACCAUAAAGGGCCAUCUAAAGGAGAUUUUUUAUUUGGAGAAAGUGAAUUUGAACCAAUGACAAUGGAAUAUACUUCUAAUUACAUACAUAAUAUGAUAAAUAAUGAUAAUGAUUGGACAUUAUCCAAAGAAGCAUUUCCUUUGCGACAUGAAAUAAAAGAUAGAUCUCCACCUCCGGAACAAUUUCCAAAUCAUCCACCAGAUAUUAACGAGGAUUGUGCUUCGUUAAUGAUCGAAGAUCAACCAAGUCAAUUAAUAGUUUCAAAUAUACCUAAACCACAAUUUUGGGAUCCUACGAAUUUAAUUGAAGAAGCUUUGAAACAUCAUGCUGCUCUCAGAGAUAUUCAAACUUCCGCAUCAAUUCUUAUUGCACUAGGAGAAAAGCGAAAAAAUUUGAAUAUUGAAACUGCUGUUCAGGAACAUUGGAUAUUGGAAUAUUUAGAUAUGCUUGCAAGAUUUAAACUUUGGAAUGUAGCAACACAGAUUAUUCAAUCGGUUUGGAUUCCAUCUGUAUCUCAAUUAAAUCAACAAUCAACUGUAAUACAUGCAAGCUGCUUAGCUUGUACAAAACCAUUACAACGAGCAGCAUGGUUUUGUGAUCGAUGUCAUUCAUCUCAUCAUGCACUCUGUUCAAUUUGUCAUCAGGUCGUUCGAGGAAUUUACGCGUGGUGCCAAGGAUGUACACAUGGUGGUCAUGUUGUUCAUAUGAAUGAAUGGUUCAGUCGUAAUCGACAAUGUCCUACAGGUUGCGGUCAUAUAUGUGAAUACACAUAAAAAUAUUUUGAUUAUAAUAGUAUUAUAAUUAUUUAAAUUUUUAACAAAUGUUUAAAUUUCAUGAAUUCCAUAAUUGUUGAAGAAGUGUAAAAAUUUUAUCAGAAACCAAAUGUAAAAAGAUUAAAUUAUUUAUUAAUUAUAUUUUUAUAAGUUAUACAAUAAGAUUAUAUUUAUAAGUUAUACAGUAAAAAAUAUAUGCGCUUAUGUGCAUGAAUUUUGUUCCUUUAAA